GUCCCUGAGCAUAGUUUCAGUUUUGACAGCAGAAUCCAGUGCCCUGCUGGCAGCUUCUAGAGAGGCAGGGAUUCCGGACUGGCCGGAGGGCUGUGCCCCUGGUACUGGAGCAGCGGGAGAGAGGAAGGUGCUCAAACAUCUCUCCCAAGAGGUCGACCUGGCCAGCGCAGGCCCCUGCUGCGCCACCAGCAACGAUGCUUUCCCUGCUUGUCUUCCUGCUGGCUGCCUUCCCAGUGGUCUCUACGAAAAGCCCCAUAUUUGGUCCUGAGGAAGUGAGCGCCAUGGAAGGGAGCUCAGUGUCCAUCAUGUGCUACUACCCAUCCACCUCUGUCAACCGGCACAGUCGGAAGUACUGGUGUCGCCAGGGAGCUAAAGGCAGCUGCACGACCCUCAUUUCCUCAGGAGGCUAUGUCUCCAAAGACUACGUGGGCAGAUCCAGCCUCACCAACUUCCCAGACCUUGGUGCCUUCAUGGUAAAUAUCACCCAUCUCAGCCAAGAGGAUUCUGGGCACUACAAGUGCGGCCUGGGCGUCAGCAACCGAGGCCUGAACUUUGAUGUAAGCCUGGAGGUCAGCCAGGAUUCUCUGCUCCCAAACACUGACGUCUACACUGUGGACAUGGGCAAGACAGUGACCAUCAGAUGUCCAUUCAGGAGUGAGAACGCUGAUAAAAAGAAGAUCUUGUGCAAGAAGACAGAUCAGUCCUGCGAGCUAGUCAUCAACUCCAAUCGGGAGGUGGGCCCCAGCUUUCAAGGCAGAGUCAGCCUAGCUAUUCAGGGCACCGACCAAUCCGCAUUCAACGUCGUCAUCAACCAGCUGAGAACUGGUGAUGCAGGGAUGUACAUCUGCCAAGCCGGGGAGGAUCCUAGCAGUGACAAAAAGAAUGUUGAUCUCCAGGUGCUAAAGCCUGAGCCCGAGCUGGUUUAUGGACAACUGAGGGGUUCAGUGACCUUUGACUGUGCCUUGAACCCUGGGGUGGUGAAUUUGCCAAAAUUUCUAUGCCGGGUGAACAAGAAUAAAGGCUGCGAUGUGAUCGUCAACACCUUGGGGAGGAGGGAUCCGGCCUUUGAGGGCAGGAUCCUGCUCAGUGACACGGUUACAGCAGACGGCCACUUCAGUGUGCUGAUCACAGGCCUGCAGACUGGGGAUGCGGGAGAAUACCUGUGCGGAGCCCACUCAGAUGGAGAGCCCCAGGAAGGCUGGCCCCUCCAGGCUUGGCAGCUCUUCGUCAACCAGGAGACCAUAAUGCCCCAUGUGCCCACGGUUGUGAAGGGGGUGACAGGAGGCUCUGUGACUGUGCUCUGCCCCUACGACCCCAAGGACAGCAAGAGCCUCAAGUACUGGUGUCGCUGGGAUGGAGAGCGAAAUGGCCGCUGCCCGCUGCUGGUAGAGAGCCAGGGGAAGGUUCAGGAGGAGUACGAGGGCCGGCUGGCUCUCUUUGAGGAGCCAGGCAAUGGCUUCUACACCGUCAUACUCAACCAGCUCACCACCCAGGAUGCUGGCUUCUACUGGUGUCUCACCAGCGGCGAUACUCACUGGAGGACCACAGUGGAGAUCAAGGUUGCUGAUGGAGAACCGAGCCUUAAGGUAUCGAAGAACACAAAUGCUGUGCUGGGGCAGACCCUCAAGCUAUACUGCCACUUCCCAUGCAAAUUCUAUUCUUACGAGAAAUACUGGUGUAAGUGGAGCAACCAGGGCUGCCAGGCCCUGCCCAGCCAAGAUGAAGGCCCCAGCCAGGCUUUUGUGAGCUGUGACCAGAACAGCCGGCUUGUCUCCAUGACCCUGCAGUCUGUCACUGUGGAGGAUGAGGGCUGGUACUGGUGUGGUGUGAAGCAGGGCCAGACCUUUGGAGAGACUGCAGCUGUCUAUGUGGCAGUUGAAGAGAAGGCAAAGGGGGCUGGUGCCAUCAACCCAACAGCUGCAAACAGUGCUCCUGAGGAGGAGGUGGUAAAGCCCCAGGUGGAGAACAAAGCUGUGCAGAACCAGAACCCCAGGCUAUUCGUAGAGGAAAGAGUGGUGGAAAAUUCAGGAAACCAAGCCAGUGGGGGCAGAGCAUCUGUAGAUGCCAGCAGCUCUGAAGGACACAGUGGGAGUUCCAAAGUUCUGCUCUCCACUCUGGUGCCCCUGGGCCUGGUGCUGGCGCUGGGGACUGUGGCUGUGUGGGUGGCCAGAGCCCGGCACCGGAAGAAUGUGGACCGCUUAUCCAUUAGAAGCUACAGGACAGACAUUAGCAUGUCAGACUUUGAGAACUCCAGAGAUGUAGGUGGUCACGACAACAUGGGAGCCUCUCCAGUCACUCAGGAGACAGUGCUUGAAGGAAAAGUUGAGGUCAUGGACAACACUGAGAGCACCAAGGACAACGAGGAGCCCAAGAAGGCAAAAAGGUCAUCCAAGGAGGAAGCUGAUAUGGCCUACUCGGCCUUCGUACUCCAGUCCAACAACAUUGCUACCCAGGCCCAGGAUGGGCCCAAGGACGCCUAAGCAGAGCCAGCCACCCGUCGCACCCACGACAAUCACCUUCAGAAUCAUGUUGAUCUUUGGACCCCAGCUUCAGAGGCCUCCACUGCCUGCCCUCACCCCCACCUGGGCUUUUCUCCUUGUCCUCAGAGGGGCACUGCUUCACCUUCACUACCCCAUGGGGACAUUAAAGCCUGUCCUAAUUGCUUCUGCUAGGGUGAAGGGUGUGAGGAGCUUCGACCUGCAGCUUCUUCCACUUGAGAGAAGCUACAGAACUGGGCAAGGAUUCAGGUUUUGGAUGGGCUACUGUGAAAGCAGGGACCAGCUUGGGGCCCAUCUCAGGAAAGAGCCACUUGGAGCCUCUCUGUACCCGAGGGGGAGAAGUCAAGGAGAUUUUUCCAUCCACUCCAUCUCGGCCUCCCUUUCUCUCUUCUUUCCUUCAUUCCAAAGACAUGUGUGAAUCUUAGGAGAAUCCAGGUGCCCUGCUACACACUGGGAUAGGUGUUCCUCAAAACUCAGCUCGGUCUAAAAGGCUAUAAAUGCCCUGUACAAGG